AUGUUGGACAUCAUGAAGCCGCAGUCGGUCGCUGGACAUCCGCUGAUCAUAGAAGGCUCUGGCAUUAUAGAGGCCGGGAAGUGGUCUGACGUGUCCCACGUCCAGAAGCUGUGGAAAGAUCGGAAGGUCUUGAUCAAGAAAUCUCCGAACUCAAAAUUUCGCUAUUUUGACAUGAAGAAGAACAGUGGUAAGUUUGACUUUCGGCACCCCGUGCAAGAGGUGCAGGACUCGGUCGCUUCUUUUCUGGAGCAAGCUGACAAGAUGCUCAGCGAGGGAGCUGAUGAGAGGAUGUACCUGCAAGAGACGCUUUCGGGCCAUUCUGAAAUGGCCGAGGAGUUUGCCUCAUGGAAAUGGGAGCUGCCGAUUCGAAUAAGCCACGCUUGCGGCUGGGGUUUGCCCGAUUCCAAUGAGCUUUUCAUCGGAAUGCAGGGCGCCGAAACGCCGCUCCACUUUGACGAGCGGGAAAACCUUUUUUUCCAGGUCAGAGGACAGAAGGAGAUUGUGGUGUUCCCGUUCGUAGACUAUGUGAAGCUAUAUCCGUUCCCAACAACACAUCCCUGUGAUCGACAGUCCAUGGUGGGAAGUCCCAUUGAGGCAGAUCUGAAUGCCUUCCCAAAGUUCAAAGAUGCCAGUGGUCACUAUGCAACCCUUCGGGCCGGUGAUCUUCUGUAUUUGCCGUAUGGUUGGUGGCAUUGGCUCCGGAACUUGGACAACAUGGCAAUCUCUGUUUCAUUCUGGAGCACCACUCCGGCAACUGAUUUGUCCAAUGGUGUGCCCUCCGAAUUUUCGGAUCACAUGCUGACCCGCGUUAGACGCAAUCUCGAAAGCUUGGUGGCGCAGAAGUUUGGCCCAGAGCACCUAGACGAAAGCAUGCUGAAGCUGCAACAGAUUGUCCGCAACAAGCAGGACGAUCCGAUUCUGAAGUAUGUCCGGGAGCUCCUGGCAGCGGUUAAGAUUCCGCCCCAGAAGCAGGACGACUUCCUGCUGGAGAUCAUCGACGGCAGAUUUGGCAUAGACUGGAACAAGUAUGUGUAA